AUGGUUUAUGCUUACCAAAGUAAAGAUCUCUCUCUCUCUCUCUCUCUCUCUCUCUCUCUCUCUCUCCCUCUCUCUCUUUCUCUUUCUUCUUUCUUCUUUUCUUUCACUUCUUUUCUUUUUCUUUUCUUUCCUUCUUUCAUUUUCUUUCUUUUCGUUUCUUUCCUUCUUUUUUGCCUCACCUUUUCUUUCGAUACGACAUUUAAAUUUACUUGUCCUUUUUCUUUUCCUUUCUUCUUUUACUUCUUUCCUUUUCUUCUCACGUUCAUUCUUUUCACUUCUGUCCUCUUUUUCGCACUUAAUGUCGGAGUCCACCUAAGCGACAAGUACACUUCUCCACUCACUUCUUAUGCAGCUGCCAUAUUCCAGCAGCAGAGGCCAUCUUCUGACCCUCUUCUUGACACCGCACCCCUCUCUCUCUCUCUCUCUCUCUCUCUCUCUCUCUCUCUCUCUCUCUCUCUCUCUCACACACACACAGAAUACGAAGAGACAGACAUCUUUAGAAGUAUUGUUAUACCCUUUUUGGAGCCGAAGGAAAGGUACCAUUCCCAGACAAAUAUUCGCCGUGGUCUGCUGUUGCCUCAUUCUCCAACCGUGGGAGGUCAGAAUAUAAAUUGGCGUUUCCCGCCGGCAUUUCGCAACAGGAUCGACCCAAGUUGCCUGCUGCUAUCGCAAUUUUCAGUUAAAACUACCAGAGCGCAAUUGUGA